AUGUGGAUUCUCGAGCAACUCGCGCGAACUCUCGACCGUCCGCUCUUCCCAUGGAAGAACGUCCUCGCGGCUUUCUCCCUGGGCCAGUUCGUUCUGGAAGGGCUCCUCACUCUUCGUCAAUACAAGGUGCUCCAGCGUACUAAGACUCCCAAAGUUCUCGAGGGAGAGGUUACUCAGAAGGUUUACGAUCAGAGUCAGCGAUACGGGCGCAACAAGGCAGUUUUCAGCCUCGUUUCUGGUCUCUACGGUCAACUCCAAAACCUGGCUUUUAUCUACGGCGAUGUUCUCCCCACGAUCUGGAGCAUUAGCGGCAGGUUGCUGGCGCAGUACUUCCCCAGUCGAUUCCAAGGCGAAAUCUCGCAAACGCUCCUGUUUGUCUUCGGUUUCAACCUCCUCAGCACCGUGUUCACUCUCCCCGUCUCGUACUACCAGACAUUCGUGCUUGAAGAGAAGUUCGGUUUCAACAAGCAGACGCUUAAGCUCUGGGUGACGGAUAUGAUAAAAGGCCAGCUGCUGGGGAUUGUUCUCGGAACUCCCAUAAUCAGUGCUGUGCUCAAGAUUAUCCAGAUUACUGGCAACGGGUUCUUCUACUAUCUCUGGCUCUUUGGUAUCUUCCUCCAGGUGUUCGCGAUCACUAUCUACCCCAUUGCUAUUUUGCCGCUGUUCAACAAGCUGUCUCCCCUGGAGCCUGGUGAGAUCAAGAGCAACGUCGAGAGACUCGCUCAGAAGUUGAAAUUCCCGCUUUCUGAGCUGCACGUCAUCGACGGUAGUAAGCGCAGUGCUCACUCCAACGCUUACUUCUACGGUCUCCCCUGGAAGAAGCACAUCGUCAUUUACGAUACCCUUCUGGAAAAGAGCGAGCCGCAAGAGGUUGUUGCCGUUCUGGGCCACGAACUUGGUCACUGGAAGCUGAACCAUACUACGAAGCUCUUCGGUAUUGCUCAGUUCCACAUGUUCUACAUCUUCGCUCUCUUCUCCGUCUUCAUCAACAACAAGUCCAUGUACGAGUCUUUCGGUUUCAUCAAGGAAAAGCCUAUCAUGGUUGGAUUCCUUCUGUUCUCUGAUGCUCUUGCUCCCAUGGAUGCCGUUGUCAAGCUGCUGAUGAACAUCCUAAGCCGCAAGUUUGAAUUCGAAGCUGACACCUUUGCUCAAGGCCUUGGAUUUUCCGAUGCACUUGCUGCCUCUCUUCUCAAGCUGCAAAUCCAGAAUCUGAGUACCAUGGAUGCCGAUUGGAUGUAUGCCAGCUACCACUAUUCACAUCCCAUUCUGACUGAGCGCCUUGCUGCUCUUGGCUGGAAGGGUGGAAAGGUUACCAACAUCAAGUCCGAAGACAGCGACAAGCCCGUCAAGGCAGCUGACCGUGAGCUGUAA